AAUUAACAAAAGUACGCACACUUGUGUGUUCUAAACAAUAAUACGUACACUUGUUUCAUGUGUGGACAUAUUUAAUGGUAUGACCGUUGAUCUUUGCGUACCCAAGGCUUUAGACGAGCGCUUAGCUCAUAAAACUUUAAAAAUGUAAAAUAUAAAUUUACUGUUCAACGCACUGUUCACCAUUCUUCAAUUCAUUUGAUCGCAUCGACAUAAUCCUGCUCAGAUCACGUGUUUAUUUGUGUACUGUUUGGGGCUAACCAAUAUACUUAUUUAUCUUGAAAUAAUUGAGAAAAUUAAAAUCAACUGAUUUCAAUGCUGAAAAAAUUGCACGAGAUAAUUGUCGAGUUAAUUGGCUGUGGUAAAUUGUGAUUAAAGUGUAUAUAGAUAUUUUAUUGAUAAAAAUAUUGUAAAAUGGAUUCAAAAGUUGAUAUCGAGAAGAAAAAAAAUCCACGAGAAGGUAUUAACCCUUUGAAUGCAUUAACAUUCUCAUGGGUUUUAAAAAUUUUCUGGAAAGGAUACAAACGUGAUUUAGAAGUGAGUGAUCUUCACAGGCCAUUGAAAGAGCACAAAAGUAGUAUACUAGGUGAUAAAUUAGCAGCGGCAUGGGAUUCAGAAGUUCGAGAUUACAAUAAAAAUGUAAAAUCUAAAAAAGAACCGGACAUAUCGCUUGGCGAUGUAAAGGCCAAGCAUAAAAAAGGCAAGACUCCUAGUCUAAAAAGGGCAUUAAUUAAAGUUUUUGGUGCUCGUAUUGCUCUCUAUGGAGUCGCGUUAGCUAUAAUGGAACUCGUUCUACGGAUGUUACAACCAAUAGCGCUAGCAAGGCUGCUUCGCUUCUUUACAACAUCAGAUGUAACUAAAUCAGAAGCAUUUCUCUACGCCGGUGGUGUGAUAUUGUGUUCAGCCAUAAACAUUCUCGUAGCUCACCCGUACAUGAUGGCAAUUCUUCACAUGGGUAUGAAAUUACGUGUGGCUUGCUGCUCACUGAUCUAUCGUAAGUCAUUGAAGUUAUCGAGAACGGCUUUAGGCGAGACAACCGUAGGCCAAGCAGUUAAUCUUCUGUCAAAUGACGUCAACAGAUUUGACGUCGCUGUGAUAUUUAUUCACUAUCUAUGGAUAGGACCUGUUGAGACUAUUAUUAUUACUUAUUUAAUGUAUCUAGAGGUCGGUGUUGCCGCAAUAAUUGGAGUAGCGUCACUAUUGAUGUUUAUCCCUCUCCAAGGAUUUUUGGGGAAGAAAUCGUCAACACUUCGUCUACGCACAGCUAUUCGGACUGAUGAGAGAGUACGUUUGACAAAUGAAAUAAUCAGCGGAAUUCAAGCCAUCAAAAUGUAUACAUGGGAGCAUCCAUUCAGUAAUCUUAUUGAGAAUGCACGAAAGAGAGAAAUGCGUGUUGUAAGAUAUACGUCGUACAUAAGAGGCGUUAUCAUGUCUUUCAUAAUGUUUACGACACGUUUAUCACUGUUCCUCACGAUACUGGCUUAUGUACUAUCUAACAAGCAAAUAACUGCUGAGACAGUAUUUAUGUUAACAGCAUACUAUAAUAUUUUACGUCAAACUAUGACGGUAUUCUUCCCACAAGGUAUUACACAAGUUGCCGAAGCUUCCGUAUCAAUAAAACGUCUUCAAAAUUUUUUGUUGUACGAAGAAAUCGAGGUUAGUAAUAAUGAUCGUGAUUAUGAAAAUCAAAAUAAUAGUAAAAAUAAAUCAAAUAAGAAUGGACAAAAAAAUAAUUCCAAUGAUAAGGAAAAAGAAAAUGAACCGCUGAUUAAAAUUGAUGAUGGAUCUGUAACACUCGAUAAUAUAUACGCCAAAUGGUUGGAUUCAGACAAUGAAGAUACAUUAAAAGGAAUUAAUUUAAGUAUUAAACCAGGUCAAUUAGUAGCCGUAGUAGGGCAAGUUGGUUCGGGUAAAACGAGUCUACUCAAUGCCAUUCUCAAAGAACUUCCAGCUCACGAGGGUACUGUUGAUGUGAAUGGUAAAAUUGCUUAUGCAAGUCAAGAACCCUGGCUGUUUGUUGGCUCAGUGCGUCAGAAUAUACUUUUCGGACGACCAUGGGACGCUAAAAAAUACGAUAAAGUUGUCAAAGUAUGCCAGCUGAGGCGAGAUUUCUCACUGUUUCCGUACGGAGAUAAAACUAUCGUCGGCGAACGCGGGGUGAGUUUAUCUGGUGGACAGAGAGCUCGUAUCAAUUUAGCUCGAGCUGUUUACUCUGAUGUACCGCUGUUCUUGCUAGACGAUCCGCUGAGUGCAGUAGAUGCUCAUGUCGGUAAACAUAUGUUCGAAGAGUGCAUUGAAAAGUACUUACAUGGAAAAACUAGAAUACUUGUCACUCAUCAGAUACAAUUUUUGAAUAACGUCGAGAAGAUAAUUGUUAUGAAGGAUGGUGCUAUUAUUGCAGAGGGUAGUUACAAUAAGUUAGUCGAAAUGGGAGUCGAUUUCGGUCGAUUACUCGAGUCUACACAAAAAGAGGAGACAGAAGGAUCUCUGCCUCUAUCAAGAAGCCGUAGUAGUUCUCGACAUGCAAGUGUCACAUCCUUAAGUUCAUUCAUGACUAACGAAACUACGGGUCAAGGCCAAGCUGAACCUGAGGAAGUUGCUGAGACGCGUACGAGAGGAACUAUUGGAGGACAUGUUUACAGUUCAUAUUUCAAAGCUGGCGGAAAUUGCUGCGUUGUUCUGACAGUAUUGAUGUUGUACGUGGGAGCUCAAUUAGCAGCAAGUGGAGGAGAUUAUUUUAUAGCGUUUUGGGUAAAUUUGGAGCAAGACAACAGUCAAAAUUUUACUUUCAGUGGUUUAUUCCGAAAUGCCAGUCAACCGAACGAAGAAAGAACGUCUGGCUUAUCAGAACAGGAUAGAUAUAUAUGCAUAUACAUUUUCAGUGCAUUGACAGUGAUGACAGUAGUGAUAACGCUUGUACGAUCAUUUGCAUUCUUUGAACUAUGCGUACGUGCUUCUAAGCGCUUACAUGAUAAAAUGUUUCGUAGUAUCAGCCGUGCAACAAUGAGGUUUUUCAACACAAACACAUCGGGACGUGUUUUGAAUCGUUUCUCUAAAGAUAUGGGUGCUAUUGAUGAACUACUGCCUAUCGCCAUGAUUGAUUGUAUUCAAAUAGGUCUGUCACUUAUUGGAAUAAUUGUCGUUGUUAGUAGUGCAGAAAAAUGGCUACUGGUACCGACAGUUAUAAUUGGUGUUAUAUUUUAUGGAUUAAGAGUAAUUUAUUUAUCAACAAGUCGUAGUAUCAAACGACUGGAAGGUAUCACAAGAUCACCAGUAUUUAAUCAUUUAAGCGCAACACUACAGGGUCUACCGACAAUACGUUCCUUUGAUGCAGAAGAAAUUUUGACUAAAGAGUUUGAUCACCAUCAAGAUCUUCAUUCAUCUGCGUGGUAUAUUUUUAUUGCAUCAUCUCGUGCCUUUGGCUUCUGGCUUGAUAUAUUUUGCCUUAUUUACAUAGCCUGUGUGACAAUAAGCUUUUUAGUUUUAUCUGACGGUGAAAAUAAAGGGUUCAAAGGUGGUGAUGUUGGUUUAGCAAUAACUCAGAGCAUCGGAUUAACUGGGAUGUUCCAGUGGGGAAUGAGGCAGAGUGCCGAGGUAGAGAAUCAAAUGACUUCAGUAGAGCGUGUACUUGAGUACACAAAUAUUGAAAGCGAACCUGCCCUUGAAAGUUUGCCAGAUAAGAAGCCUAAAGAUGACUGGCCACCUAGAGGUAAAGUUGAAUUCAAAAAUGUUUAUUUGUCUUAUUCACCGCUAGAACCACCCGUACUCAAGAAUCUCAACUUUACUAUUGAACCGCGUGAAAAGAUAGGAAUUGUCGGACGCACCGGAGCUGGAAAAUCUUCUCUGAUAUCAGCUUUAUUCCGUCUUGCUGACAUUGAGGGAAACAUUGAGAUCGAUGGUAUAGAUACCGGUAAAAUUGGACUCCAUGAUUUCCGUGCCAAAAUAAGUAUAAUUCCUCAGGAACCGUUUUUGUUCUCCGGUACAUUGAGAAGAAAUCUCGAUCCUUUUGAACAGUAUCCUGAUAGUAUUCUGUGGUCAGCGUUGGAAGAUGUAGAACUGAAAGAAAUGGGUCUUGAGGGUCAUGUCAAUGAAGGAGGUUCUAAUUUAAGUGUAGGCCAACGACAACUAGUUUGUCUUGCACGUGCUAUUGUAAGAAAUAAUAAAGUUCUUGUACUCGAUGAGGCGACAGCCAAUGUUGAUCCACGGACAGAUGAGUUUAUUCAGAAGGCUAUUAGACGUAAAUUUAACGAUUGUACCGUACUUACCAUUGCACAUCGACUUAAUACCGUCAUGGACAGCGACAGGAUAUUAGUCAUGGAUGCUGGAUCAGCAGUGGAAUUUGAUCAUCCACAUGUUUUACUUCAAAACGAGAAUGGAUAUUUAUCUAAAAUGGUUCAUGAAACUGGCUCAACAAUGAUUGAGGCACUUAGAAACGUCGCCAAACAGAAUUAUGAACUGCGUAAGCCACCUGUCACAACUACACUUUGAUACUAAUGUUUGUACUCUAGAUAUUUAAUUUUGUAAUCUUUUUUUUUUUUUUUUUUGAAAUCAACAAAUCGUUAUGAUUAUUGGUAGUAAUGAUAACAAUAACGAAUUUAUACUUCAUAUUUGAGGACGUUUUGUAAAAAUAUUUAUACUAAAAAAAUAGAUACAAUAAUCUAUAUUAAACGUGCCUUAACAGAUGACGAUAAAAAAUGAAUAAAUUGUACUUAGUAAUUUGUUAAUAAUCAUAAAUUUAUUAUUGUUUACUUGCUGCAUAUAAAAGUCGGUGGCUUGACUAUUUUGAUAAACGUCAAUAAUUGUUUACAAAUUUACUCUAUUAUUUAAUUACUCAGUAUUAUAUUUAAUCGUAUUUCUAAUAAAAAUUAAGUUUAUUUUACUUAAUUCUUGGUUCGUUUAGAUAAUCAAUUAGUCAUGUACUUAACUCUCAAAACAAGAUAAAAAAUGAAUAAAUACACCAAUCAAUUCAAUUCAAAACAGUAAAUACGCAAGAUAUUUUUAGACAAUUCAUAUUUAAUGAACUGAAUUGAAAACAUAGAUAUUAAAUUUAUUUCAGAAUGCAAGAUUAUUAGAUUUUUUUACUUGAAUUGCCUUUUUCUAAUUAGAGAUUUAUAGUUGAAUUUGUGUAUGGUGCUACUGUUAGUGUGGUUAUGAAUUAUAUUUCCUGUUAAUAUAUGUAUACAUAUGCAGUUAUAUUUGAAUUUAACGAUUAACCAUAUUGUUAUUGUCAUAUAAUUAAUUUGUCAAUUCGUCCAUAUAAAAGUGAAAAAAAAUUGUAAGACUAAUAUAAAUUAAAUACCAUAAUUGUAAUUUACGAAAUGUUUAUUUGUUAAAAAUUCAAUGACUAAGAAUUUUUUUUUUUCAAAGAUAUUAGUGUUUAAGUAAUUUUAAUGGCAUUUUAUUUGUAACUAUAUAAAUUAGAUAAUAAGUGAUUCAUAAAUAAUACCAAGAAACGUGUGCUAAAUGAAAUAAUCAACGUUCGUAAUUUAAAAUUUCAAUUUAUUUCAUUAACUAUCUUAUUUCAUAAGAAUACUUG